AAUUCCAGCGCCCGCCACGCCCAGCGUACCGCUAGCGCCGGAAGCGGAACCCCUUAUGGGCGCGGCGUCAGCCAUGGCCUCCCAUUGGCCGCCGAUUCCGUGCGUCUCGCCCCAGCCGCACGCCGAUUGGCCGCGCGCGCCAACCGUCGGUAUUUGAAUCGGCGGCGGGGAGAGGGGCUCCCGGACUCGACGCCUCCCGCUCUCUUGUUUCCGCGCGGCGGCCGACAGAAUGAGUCUGCACAUCUUCAGUGACGAGAAUGUCACUGAUGACAAAAGCACAGAGAACUAUGACUUCCUGUUUUCACCACUGGAAGUUACCGGAAGGUUGCCUGUACUCCGUUUGUCACAGAAAGAAAAUGUGCCACCCAAGAGCACAGCCAAAGCAGUGAAGGUGACUUUUCAGACACCUCUGCGGGAUCCGCAGACACACAGGAUUUUAAGUCCCAGCAUGAGCAGCAAACUUGAAGUUUUUUUAGCUCUGGGCGACACCCCUGGAUUAGAAAACUCUCACCAAGUCUGGACCCAGAAGGAGAACCAACAGUUUACCCAGGAAACAGAGACCAGGACAACUAAUGGAAUUCUGCAGAAGCCAGCAGUGGAGGGGGCCAACCUUCCUCCAGGGUUCGUGAGACCAGCGUCUGAAGACAGGCUUCCCAGUGGGCCCGCCUGUGCCGGUCUGGGUCCCUCAAGCUUCCCUCAAAUGCCAGAAAGUGUUGAAAACCAAGUGGCAUCUUCAGGACGAGUGUCAAGCAGCCCUGAACAAGCCUGGGAGGAGCAUGUCCAUUCUCGUUCCUCAGAGGAAAGUGUUGCAUCCACACCCAAGAUUCUAGAACACCCUCCCGGGAUGGUGUCCCAAGACACAGACAGAGCAGAGGACCCAUGUAGCCUCCCAGGAGAAAACCCGGAUGCGGUUCCUGCUUCAUGCGUGGGGGCUGCUCCAGCUCCCGGUACCCUCCCCGGAGGAGCCCACGCAGGGGAGCCCCACACAGACCUGCCUGACGAGGGCCCUGUGGGCCCCGAGGCCACUGCCCUGGUCGGCCGUGUGGAGGCUGGAGGGGCCCCAGCCCCCAGUUCUCAGAGUGAGGAGGGCAGGGUCCAGGAGGCCAGCUCUUUGAGAAGCAGGCCUGUGAGGCUAGAAUUUGACUUCCCUGAUGAUGCCACCAGCAAAAAGCCACCUCCACUGAGGAAACGAGGGACGGCCCCAGGUCUCAAACCUCCCUCAAGGAGACCAGAGAUGAGGCAGGAAAAGGCCACCAUGGCUGCGGGCGAGGGUCCUGAUCCCCCUCCACGAAGGUCUGGCAGCCUGGAUGGGGACAAGCUGGAUGACCCAGACUUUAACCCAUGUGGAGGUGACGGAGAGGCCUGGCCCCCGGAGCACCCCCAGAGCAGGCCAGCCAGGCCUGCAGCCGCAGAGGACUCAUCACCAAGCCAGCAGGUGCUUUCAGCCUCAGCAGAUGACACACCUGGGGUACAGAGCCCGGCGGGGACCACAGGAGCUGCAAGUGAGGAGGGAUCUGCAGGCUCUUCGGGUGCACCAGCUCCCACUAGCAGCCCGAGCACUGAGCCAGUGACCGCACCUGCUGACCCCACGCCCCCUGCUCCUCAGGGCCUGGAGCCCGCCUUGGACCUGACUGGGGAGCACUUCCGAGACCCCACUGAGGUUCUAGGCACGGGGGUUGAAGUGGACUACCUGGAGCAGUUUGGGGCUUCCUCGCAGUUUAAGGAGUCAGCCCUGAGGAAGCAGUCCUUGUACCUCAAGUUCGACCCGCUCCUGCAGGACAGCCCUCGGAGACCGGUGCCCGCAGCCCCCGAGACCAGCAGGGCACAGGGCGUGGACACGCCUUCCUCGGGAAGCCCCCCCGAGGCGAAGCUGGUGGAACUGGACUUCCUCGGCGCCCCGGGUGUCCCCGCACUUGGCCCGAUUCCAUGUGACCUCGGGCCCGGGGGCCCGCUGUUGCCCGUGGGGCCCAUUGUGGACGUGCUGCAGUACAGCCAGAGGGACCUGGACACAGUGGUGGAAGCAACACAGAAGGAGAACGAGGCGCUGAGGAGCCAGUGCGCCGAGCUCCACGCCAGGAUCCUGGAGAUGGGGAAGAUCAUGGAUGGGUUUGAGGGGACCGUGUAUCAAGCGAUGGAGGAGGCCCAGAAACGGAAGGAACUUGCCAGAGUUGAGAUCCAGAAGGUUCUGAAGGAAAAGGACCAGCUUACUGCAGACUUGCACUCCCUGGAGAAGUCUUUUUCUGAUCUUUUCAAGCGAUUUGAGAAACAGAAGGAGGUGAUCGAAGGCUACCGUGCGAACGAAGAGUCCCUGAAGCAAUGUGUGGAGGGCUACAUAGGGAGGAUCGAGAAGGAGAGCCAGAGGUACCAGGCGCUGAAGGCCCACGCGGAGGAGAAGCUCCAGCUGGCCAACGAGGAGAUCGCGCAGGUCCGCAGCAAGGCCCAGGCGGAGGCUCUGGCGCUGCAGGCGGUCCUGAGGAAGGAGCAGAUGCGGGUCCACUCCCUGGAGAAGGUCGUGGAGCAGAAGACGAAGGAAAACGAUGAACUGACCAGGAUCUGUGACGACCUCAUUUCCAAGAUGGAGAAAAUCUGAUGGGGAGGUCCUGACCGGUGCCCGGCUCUCCUGUCUGUGUGUGUGUCUGUCUGACUCUUUUUUCUUUUCUAUUAACCUCAACUCGUUUUUAAACUAGGUUGCUUUAGGAAGAAGACUAAAUAAAGUUUCCCUUAAGUCU